AUGAAUUCCUGCUUUCCAUCCCCAGAUCUAGGUACCAAUGUGAUUGUGACUAGAGAACAAUACUUUAAUUUCCACAACAUUGAUCGUCAACUCUUUGCUCGUUUUGUGGUGGUAUUAGGACGUGACACUAGUCAAUCCGCACAUGUCAUGGCCUUCAUCAUGUGGCUUGAAAAGCAGUGCAAGGAUAAGAAAAUGAUGAAGAACAUGCUCCAAUGGCCUGACACCAUGCUUGAUAGCCUUGCAGAUGAGGCCAUGUUGGUUUUGAAUUGUAUUGAGAGUCAUCAAUUCCCUUAUGAUGAUGUUGUUAACGAUGAGAGCUUGCCUUUGAUCAAAAGUAUCAUGCAAAAAAAUGUUGUCUCCUUGAAAUACUUUUAUGUUAAUCAUGUGAUUAUCAUUGGAGCAGUCACCAGGUUACUCAACAAUAUUUGUGUAAAAGCCUUCACCGACAUAGUGCAAAAAGUGCAAUAUAUGAAAGAGCAGAACUUACAAAUUGCAAAUAUUUACGAAGUUGGUCCUUGUGUGAAACAAGUGGUAUGUUAUACUCCAAUGCCUAGUGCUAAUAUUAUAUCCCAUCAGGUUGCAAUACUAACACCACUAUGGGGAGAAGGGAGUUUGGUCUCUUGGGAGACCAAUAACAAUAUCAAUCCUCCUGCAGAGGCUUAUGAUGUUGCAAACCAAAUAGAGCUUAAUCAAAAUUUCAAUGAGGUCUUGGCCAUGUUGAAUCAGACUAGUAUUACUACUGGUACUAAUGAUGAAAAAAAGGAGGUGCAGGUGCCGAUAGAUGAUAGGAUUAUCUUUAUGACAUUCUCUAAAGGGUACCCAAUUUCGGAGCCUGAAGUCCGAGAUUUCAUCACAAGAAGGUAUGGAGAUAUCAUUGAAGCAUUUUGUAUGCAAGAUGUGGUUCCUCCAGAGCAACCAUUGUAUGCUCGUUUAGUAAUCCGUGCUGAGGCCAUACAUAUAAUUGAUCAUUUCCUUGAGAGCUCAAACAAAGUGAAACUCUCAAUCAAUGGGAAGCAUGCUUGGGCUAGAAAAUAUUUUCGCAAAGGUAACAAAUCACUGAAGGAAAAAUCCCCAAUGACUUCUUGA